UAAAAUUUAUCUACAUGCGCGUAUGCGCGCGCGUACAUGCGUUAAUCAUUUUGUACGGCAUUAAUUUAUAGACUGCGACACAAACAUAAAAAUGCACUCAGGAUACAAAACUUCCUGGAUGACCCCAUUUUUCGUAAUACAUGUAGUGCGGGUCAGUAGGAGGGAUGUAGGCAUACUUGCAGGUCAUUCUUUGAGAGCACUCCGCAAAAUAACACACGGAAUAUCUAUCCAGGGAAAUACUGUCAGAUUGACGCAGGAGUAACUCAAACGUAUGGCGGAUCAAGAUAAAGAUAUCGCCCAAUGCCUUAUAGACCAAGAGGCCGUGGGUGAUCCGGAGAUGCAUGGCGGUGAACAGAAUCGCGCGGCCAAGGAGGACAAUAACACCGACCAGGAACAACAACAACAUGACGAGGAAAUCCCUGCAGGUGGCCAACCAGUAAAUGGUGAAUCUGAAAAGCCACCCCAAGUGGAAUGGUUCCCACAAAAUGUGUCCCCACUUUUAGAAAGUGAGUACGUCGACCUAGAGAAGAAGCAUAUGGCUGGUGUCAAAUUUUCUCCAUCCGAAGAGAAAUACCUCUCACAGUACCUGCUGUACAUGGACAGGAAGAAAAGGGUGAGAAACGAUGACCGAUGUAGUGUUGCAGAAACUGUGAUCAAGUGCAUUGAUAUGAUUAAACAGGGAUUACAGCAUACCCAGUUUAGCGAGGGUGAAAUUGUUGAAUGUGGAAGCUUCUACGAGAACACGAAGGUCGGAGAUCCCCACGAAUUCGACUUUCAGUAUAUAAUGCCAUUGAACAACUAUGAUGCGCAGGUUGCACAAAUGAGCAAGAUUAAAGCUAAGCAGAGUAACUUGGAAUCAAAGACGUUCUUCAAACUUUACGAAACCGAAAGUGGUAAGCAUGAGGAAAUCCUCGCAAAAGAUCAACAUGAUGCCUUUAAAUCCUCCAUUGAUGAAAUCUUGAAGGAUCUAUUCAGAACAGACAAAUCGAUUAUGACAAAGAAAGCUGGCCCAGCAGUCAAAUUCGUCCUGAAGAUUCCGUAUGAGAAUCAGAGGAAUGGGACCAAGCCACAAACACAUCGGAAUGUUAAGGUCGACCUGACUAUGGCUUACAAUGUUAGCCCAAAGUCUUCGUUCUUCCACGAAGUUAAAUUGCGCUCCUAUGCGCAGUUUCUCCGUGACCAGGAUCAGCUUCAGUGCCAGUUCAUCCCGGCUCAUGACUUCUGGAAGCUGUCGUUCACCAAGAAUGAGAAGGAACUGAUGAAUAAGGUGUCGGCUGUCAACUAUAAAGGUGUAUGCUACAGGGCGAUCAAGAUUUUGAGAGAUGCCGUAGACGUUCAGGAUACGCUUGGUGACGGUAUCCUUGCCUCCUACCCGAUCAAAGUUACCCAUAUGAAGGAGACGCUGCACACGUACAUCCAAGGAACCGAUGCCAAUGAAUGGACAAAAGAAAAGGUCGGAAAGAACGUGAUCAAGAUAGCCAAGGCGGUAGACUAUGACGGCCAGAACCACAAGAUGCAUGGUAUCUUCGUUCGCGAUGACAACAUCAUGGGCGAGUCGGAUAAAUCUUACUUGGAGAGUCGCCGCAUCGUUGAUGAAUUGAAAAGCAUCUCCACUAGUCAUAAGCAUUACGCUCUGGUAAACUGCGUCAUCUGGUUGGUGUUGAUGCUCGCUUCAACAGGGUUACUGGCAGCUGAGGCAGUCGCAUGGGCGCAGACAGAUUGGUCGGAUCUAGAACGGAACUGCUUCAAUCAGACAGAUGGCGAUCCGCCAUUCCCGAUGGACCUUCCAUUUCUGUUCGUAUUCUCCGUCCUAGCGUGGAUCACCGCCCUGGCCAACAUGGCCGGACUCUUCCUCGUCACCAUAGUCACGCACAAAUGGAGGAAGGACAUCUUCAAAGUGCUUCCAAAUCUCCGGUAUGUCUAUUUGCUGACGGGGAUCGCCUCUUUGAUUAUCGCCAUCUUCGACAUCUUCUUGGUUAUUGAUUACUUUCGGGACGAUACGUGUACACGUCUCGGGAAUAGCACCGCUCUCCAAAUUGUGGCUGGUGUCACCAUGUUUAUAACCCUCGUCCCCUAUAUCCUACUGAUCAUCUCCUGUAUCAGUAGUACUGCCUACUACAGAGGAAUGAAAAAGAAUUCCUGUUCCGGAUAUGACGUCUUGUUCUUCGAGUUCCCGUUCUGCCGCGAGAGAAUUGAGAAGUUGGAGGACGAAAAAGAAAUAGCGGGCCUAAAUGCGGAGGAGCAGAGACAAAUGGAGUCUUUGGUCAGAAGAUCAUACCGUUUUGAACCUGUGGAUACGUUUGGCGCAUCAAGUACUGAAUUAGAGUAAUAUAAUCCUAUUAGACUUUGAGCAUUACUAUUCGUCUGCCACAAUAUCUUUAUGUAACAAGUGGCUAACACUUGAUUUUGAUUCGCUACUAGGAAUACUUCGGCCUGUUUGAAAAACGCAUGUAACCGGGGUAGAUAGAUAUAAAUGGCCACCGAGAAAAAGGCAGAAAUGGUGUCAAUGCGCAUGCGUCCUAGCUCUUUGCGGAAUCACCGCUGAUCUUAAGAACAAAGAACUCUUUAUUACCGAAAAUACACAUGCCAUAAAAGAUAUAUCAUGUUGUAAUUUUCAUAGAUAAAUAGAUAAAACCUGACAUGCUUGAACCUAACUUCUGUGAUUUAAUGUGCAUCUCGAGAUGGAGUUCUAAAUUCCCUAUAGUAUAAGCUCUAUAUUCGUUAUAUUUCUUUAGAUAUUGCCAAUAAAGCAACAUUUUAAAGUAAGAUAAAAUAGCACUAAAGGCUGAAUAAAAUCCACAUGGCCUCUUUACAACAAUGAUAGUGAGUACUUGGAGAUGUACUCGAUGUUAACAAGGAUAACUCUGAUAACUGACUGGGAGAUUUCAAAUAUGUUCUGGACUAUAAGGAGGCCGGAGUCGACGAGAUGUACAUUGCCUAUUUGUGUUACCUUAUAGUUUAAAUUGAACACUUUGCAUCCUGUAAAUUCGGUUUAUUGAAGGGCGACAUCUGUUGUCAUCAAUUGGGCGUAAAACUGCAGAAACAUUGUCUAUCGGAACCGAACUAGCAGAUGAUAUCAAAGAUAUAUAAUUUCCAUCCGUUAUAGCUCCUGGCUUGCCAGAAUAUUUCCCAAAACCAUUUAUAACGUCUUUUUGUGUCAAUGAGAUCAAAUAGUGUGUAAUAUAAACAAGGAAAUACAUGUAUGUGCUGUGACGGGGUUAAAUAGAUUUCGAUGUUUGACCGAUCCUGUGCAUUUUCGUGAGACGUUUUCAACGCUUUCCGAGAUCUAGCGUUCAUAGUGAUUUGUUAAGAACUCCGAAUAGUUAUAAUGCCCUUAAACUCAUUGUUGAAAAUUUCCACGCUACUGUAUGCCGCAGAGACAUAGGUCUCUUAUCAGACUGAGUAGAAACGUCUUGAUGCCUUCGACAGCAAAUGCCUGCGCCGCAUCCAGUCUGGUAAAACAACUCCCUGUGAGAGCUCGUGAUAUUUGGGCAGUCUAUGGCGAUGGUACGGGUAUCUAUA